UAUAUGUUGCUUUAACUGUUGAAGUUCCUACAACUUCUCUUUUAACUGUUAAUAUUUCUUUGAAUAGACAACAAAAAGAAGAGGCUAAAGAAAUUCUUUUAAACAACCACCAAAUCUUUGCUAAAAAUAUUUCUGAAGAAGGACAAACCUUGAAACUGAGACAAACCAAAGAA